AUGUCACAUAUGAAUCAACAACGUGAUAUUCUUCACGACAGCUAUGGAUCACAUACACCAUCGUCUCCAUUACCUCCAGUUCCUCCAUUUCCAUGUGUCAUCAAUAGUUCAUGUACCACUGACAAUCGUGUAUGCGAGCGACAUAAAUAUGUGAUAUUUGUAAAAAAUAUAAAUGGUGAAACAUUCGAAAAUCCAUAUGGUAAAUGGGAAAACUGGGUGUGGUAUAAACAGCGCAUUAGUGAUCUUACGGGAAUCCCAGUGAAUGAAAUUGAAAUAGUAUAUGCUGGAGCCAAAAGAGAUGGUUUAAUCAGACAUAGCGGAUUGUGCAGUCAAAGCACUAUACAUAUGCUUCAAUGUCCACCUCUUCAUCGCCUCACUACUAAUGAAAAAAUUCAAAGGACAUGUAAUACACCAAAGGGCAUAAUGCAGGACCAUUACCUAAUAUCUUUUCUCCGUAGCAAAAUAAAAGGAAGUUAUCUUAACACUUUUUAA